UUCCCUAUUUCAAUGUAAGAUGGUGGUUAGGAGUUACUACCGCUCUACAGAGAGGCAAUACGAGAAAAGGAUUGGUGUUUUCGCAUCAAGUCACAAAGAAGCCGGGAAAUAAUACACAGCACCGGUCUUGCUAGGCCUGAGCUGUUCACAUAGCUUUAAUCUGGGUGUGAAUUUGUCUUUUCACACAGACAGGCUCUCUCUCUGAACUUCGAGAACAACCCCCUCUUCUCUAAUCGUCGUGCCAUAGGAUGUCCCACAGCCCUGAGGGCAAGGACGACCACAUGGAGUGCCCACUUUGCAUGGAACCAUUGGAGAUUGACGAUGUCAACUUCUUCCCCUGCACCUGCGGCUAUCAGAUCUGCCGCUUCUGUUGGCAUCGAAUACGCACAGAUGAGAACGGCCUAUGUCCGGCCUGCAGAAAGCCCUAUCCAGAAGACCCUGCAGUAUACAAACCUCUCUCUCAAGAGGAGCUUCAGAGGAUAAAGAACGAGAAGAAGCAGAAGCAGAGCGAGCGGAAGCAGAAGAUCACAGAGAACCGCAAACACCUAUCCAGCGUGCGUGUGGUCCAAAGGAACCUGGUGUUUGUGGUGGGCCUGUCACAGAGAAUCGCUGACCCCGAGGUCUUAAAAAGGCCAGAAUACUUUGGGAAGUUCGGGAAGAUCCACAAGGUGGUCAUCAAUAACAGCACUUCUUACGCUGGGUCCCAGGGUCCUAGUGCCAGUGCCUAUGUCACUUACAUCAGGUCAGAAGAUGCCCUUAGAGCUAUACAAUGUGUAAACAAUGUUGUAGUAGAUGGCAGGACACUUAAGGCUUCUUUAGGAACAACGAAAUACUGCAGUUAUUUUCUAAAAAGCAUGCAGUGCCCUAAACCAGACUGCAUGUACCUUCAUGAACUGGGAGACGAAGCGGCCAGUUUCACAAAAGAGGAAAUGCAGGCAGGGAAACACCAGGAAUAUGAGCAGAAACUCUUACAAGACCUCUACAAAGCAAACCCCAACUUUCUGCAGAACUCCACAGGGUCAGGAGAGAAGUCCAAAAGCAAAUCGGGCUCAUCGCAGAGUAACAACAAAGAAGCAUGGCCGUCAUUACAAACUACAGGGAAGAUACCCAAUGGGAUUCCAGAUCACUAUAAGACUCCAUCUCUAGAUGGUGGUUCAGACUCCGAAAUUCCAGACGGGUCAGAAACAGAGCUGGGCCUCGCCUCAAUCAUCGGCCUGCCCUCCUUCACAUCAAACUGUGAGCCUUUCAGCACAAGUAAUAAAUCUUCAGACUACAUCGGUUUAAGUAAUGGACAGACACAAGAAAUUUCUGGCAACGACUCUCCAUCGCCCCCUCCUGGCCUGAGUAAACCAUCUCUAGCAGUGCCUAUCUGUUUAGCAGGGAUGUCAGUGCGGUCUCCCUUCGAUGGAGCAGCAGGCGUGUCACAGUCGCUCUUUUCAGACAACAGUAACUUUCGGCAUCCUAAUCCAAUCCCUAGCGGCCUGCCCGGCUUUCCCAGUUCCCUUCACAACAACCCAGACUGGCCCACUACCCCAGAACCACAGAGCCUCUUCACCUCAGAGACCAUACCAGUAUCAUCAUCCACAGACUGGCAAGCGGCGUUCGGCUUUGGCUCUUCGACCAAGCAACAGGACGAUGACCUUGGUUUUGACCCCUUCGACGUCACCCGCAAAGCACUUGCUGACAUCAUAGAGAAUGAGCUCCAUGUGCAAGACAAAACCUCCUUUCCCACAACGUUGGCACCAGGCUUCCCCCAUGGGCCUUUCCUCGGCACUCUACACAAUGCCGCCUCCAAAAACCCACUUCAUCCCCCCACGUCCUCGCACUUCCCCCCGAACUCCAGCAUGCCCUCAAGAGGCUUCUCCCAGGCCCCACACCGUACUUUCUACAACUCCUUUAGCUUUCCCGGUCAGACGCCAACCUCCCGUCACAGUUGGAUGGGCUUGCCUGUACGCAAUAACCACCCGCACUUGAAUCACACCGCCGCCCUCUCUUCUGCUGGGCAGCACAACAGCUUUUUGGACUUGAGUUUGGCAUCACAACAGCAGCAACAUCACAGUACGGGGCUCGGAGGUAUUGCUAUCACAGAGAAUAGCAACUCGGCAGAAAGUCUUAAUGUGAAGGAAUGGCAGGAUGGGCUCAGAGCGCUUUUACCCAACAUCAACAUUAAUUUCGGCGGGCUGCCCUGUUCCUCCUCUUCCUCGUCUUCAUCAUCCUCCUCCUCCUCCUGCGUGAACCACACAGGCGGUAUCACUCACAGCCUCAGCUGGAACGGCACAGCCAGCUGGAUGGACCCUGCCAUCAUCACAGGUAAGGGUAUCCCUGGACCUAACAGUCUGGACUCUCUGCAGGAUGACAAUCCUCCACACUGGCUCAAAUCCUUGCAGGCACUCACAGAGAUGGACAUGCCUUCCAGCUCAAUCGUGCCUCCCCAGCCCCCACACAGCGCCCCCUUCGGAGGCCCGUUCCCCCACAGAGCCAACUGGGCCCCUUAUCCAACCACAGCCCCUGCCAACCCCGCCACUCAGUUUCACUCACCUCCACCAGGCUUCCAAAAUGCCUUCAGAGCCUCGGCCCAGACCGCUACAGAUCUGCUACAGAGUGCCGGCAUGGACCGCCAUUAAGAACUGUGAAAUCUAACUCCCAUGAAGACCAUACAAACACAACAGUUGAAUCAUUACAAACCUAUUAACAAAAUAACACAAUUUUGUAUCGUUUACUUGAUUCCUCAACUUUUGCAGCCAUUUAAUAUUUUCCAUCAAUUUGUGUUACUCUCUUGAGUGUUUUGUCUUGUUGCCGUAGUGUUCUGUUCCAGCUUUCCAAGUUCAAACUAUUGCAUAAACCCUCCAACAUCAGAGCAUAACAUGCGUAUGGUAUGAGAUGUAGAGGCCUAAACAAUCUGCUUGGUAAUACAGAGCUGUAAUACGUAUGGUGAUCCUCAUGUACAACAAUUUUGGACCCCUACAUAUCACUUGCAAACCAGUGCUCAAAAGUGUUGUUAAUGGAAAAAUAUAUUAUUUUUUAUUCCAUUGAAACAAUGGAAAGAAUCAAACGAAAGUGUCUUGAUUAGAAAUGAGUGUCUGCCUUCACAGCUACACCAAAAAGAACAGCAUCUGUUCAUCAUCCACACAACAGAGGAACUGCUGAGAGUUCUCAAAGCCAUGCCACUCUAAGCAAUCAAGUAGAUAUCCAAAAAACAGUGCUUCAAUUUUUGUGUGUGAUCAAAAGGGUACUUGACUUCCUUUUCUGAAGGAUCAAAAGCAUAAUUAUGAGAAAGCAUAAAGCAUAAGCACGUUUUAGGGGUUCUUGGGCCUUUAACUUUGUUCUACCUUUCUCUACCCUUGUUAUAAGGGAGACGCAUUUUUAUGGGGUCGUAAAUGAAGUGCACGCUCUGAAUGUUGUUCAAGUUGCCUUAAAGUUUAAAAAGGCAACGUCUCCUGGACAGGAAGUGGUUUGCGAGAAGUUCCGUCGUGUUAGCAGAACUUUGCCUAUGACCCCUCCACCAAAUUGUGUGGUUGGUCAGGGGGUUUAAUUGCGACGCCGCAGUCAACCUCUGCAUCAGAGAGCGGCACACCACGAAAUAAAGCGGAAGGGCUGUUGCAUUGAAAAGUUGGGAAGCACUGACCCCUUCAAGCAUAGGGCUCUGGGUGGCACGCGGGGUGCCGCCAUGCGGCAUCUCAUAUAGCUGUCCUUGCCUGGUGGACAAAUCAAUGGCCUAAUCGGUGUUUACGGUCAAACUAUGCUCUCUGAAGAAACUUGAUGGAAUGCAAGGUGUGCCGAGGUUUGAAAGUAGAUCUUGAGUUGACUCAUCAAACUGGAUUGGGGUGAUGUUUUAAGUGUGAAUGCACUUUACUCCGUACAACAGAGCCAGGAACGGUUAACUUCGUGUGAUCGGUGAGCGAUUGACAUAAUUCAGGGUUUAAGGGUAUUUUUCCUGGGAAGUAAAUUAAGCUCUUUUAAUAGAAUUUCUAUUCACAAGGACAAUGAUGUUGUAUACCAACCAAACAGAUUUGAGUAGGGGAAUGUGAUCAUGCCAUUUGUGUCUAGAAGUUUAUUUGCACUGGUUUGGCAAAGUGAUUGCGUUGGGCAAUUGAAAUGAUGAUGAAAGCUGGAACAGCGGCACUACCGGCCAACAGAGGUAUUUGGCAAUUGCCUGGGUCUCUCCUGGGGCCUCUAACACUGUUUGUCAUUUCUACUUGACCUCCCACCCCUUACCUUUACAAUUCUUUUAAUGGUCUUAAAUCUGAGUCAGCUGUGUAGGUUCCUGCUGACUGUUCAUUAUUCAACAGUAUUCAAGAGGAAUGAAUCAAUUAAUUAUCAAGAAGAAACCAUUACAGUUUAACGGUGGGUUUUACACAGUGCUAAAAUGUAAGAAAAUGAAAAGUGAAGCACUAAAGGAAUUGUACCUCUCUAACGGUCUGGAGGUAAAUAAAAACUAAAUCUUAAAUAAAAGAGACGAUGAUUGAACUUGAA